GCGUUGCUCCGUGGUAGCGGUCGGUGGCGAGUGGUGGCGAGCUUCGCGGUGUGAAAGUCGCACAGUUCGCUAAUGGACUCGCGAGUGUUUGUCUGAUCGGACGACGAACGAAGGGAAAGAGCCUGUGCAAAGCCUCGCGCUCGCAAGGAUCCACUUCAUUCCGUCAUCGUACGACCCGAUUCGCCUUCGUAAUCAUCGCACAGCGUGACAUAACCUCCGUCUCCGCAGAGAUGUCUCAUGACCAUCAUAUGACUAUGAACAGUACGGAAAACACGUUUCAUGGUAUGCAUAUGGAUCAUGGAACCAUGAACCAUGGCAACAUGAACCACGGAAGUAUGGACCAUGGGAGUAUGGACCACGGCAGUAUGGAUCAUGGAAGUAUGAAUCACAGAGGCAUGGACCACGGGAGCAUGCAUCACAAUGUCCAGGCCUCAACGGACAACGCGUGCAGCGACAUGAGCAUGCACGGUAUGUCGAUGACGUUCCACACUGGCUACUGCGAAUCAGUGUUAUUCGAGAAUUGGAAGAUCUCGUCGAUGGGCGGCCUCAUCGGCUCGAUGAUCGGUAUCGCUAUCAUGGCUGCGCUCUAUGAGGGCUUGAAAUAUUAUCGGGAGUAUCUAUUUUGGAAGACAUACAAUGCCUUGCAAUAUAGGAGCGUUACGGUGCCCAGUGAGAAGAACGUAGUGGCCGAAGACAAUCGGGUCGUUCAUAUGGUUGGCGAAGUAAUCCACAAACAACCGCCGACUAUGAUGUCCUGGAUGCAUUUGUUUCAAACAUUUCUACACAUCAUACAGAUCGUCCUGUCGUACUUUUUGAUGUUAAUCUUCAUGACUUACAACGUUUGGCUGUGCUGCGCCGUGGUAUUGGGUGCCGCUGUUGGUUAUUUUCUAUUUGGUUGGAAAAAAUCAGUGAUCGUAGACGUUACGGAACAUUGUCAUUAG